ACCAGGUACCUUUUGAUAUGGUGUUGUGUGGGGUAUGAUAACUGCAGUGCAAUUUCUUGGUGUAUUUGCCCGCAGUAUACGUUUUGGUCUUUGAGUACGAAUGGCUUAUUUAACGUUCCCAUUAUUUUUUGUGCAACUUCUUUGUUUGAUAUUCGGCCAAUUUUUAUAUUCAGUUUACGGAACCAUUCGCUAUUCAAUUCCCGAAGAAUUGCAAAAAGGUUCUAUGGUUGGGAACAUUGCAAAAGACCUCGGGAUAGAUUUACGGCAGCUGUCCGUUCGGAAGUUUCGGAUUGCAACUGAAAAGCACAAGCAAUAUCUGGACAUAAAUUUUGAAAACGGCAUUCUGGUCGUCAAUGAGAAAAUCGACAGGGAACAGCUCUGUGAACCGAUAUUUGCAUGUGUGUUGACUUUGGAAGCUAUGACUGAGAACCCAUUUGAAUUAUAUAAUAUUGACGUUGAGAUUAUCGAUAUAAACGACAAUCCACCCGGGUUCCCGAAAGGCGAGACCCGUUUUGAAAUAUCAGAGCUUGCUUCACCCGGAACCCGCUUUCCACUUCAAAGAGCUUACGAUCCUGAUUCUUCAAGCAACAGCGUCCACACUUAUCGACUAAGCCAAAAUGAUUUCUUUGCUUUGGAUCUACAAACCAAUAGCAACCAAAUAAUGACUCCAGAACUCGUCCUCCAAAAAGCCUUAGAUAGAGAGCAGCAAGCGAUUCAUCGGUUAACACUAACCGCAAUCGAUGGAGGUUCCCCGAGCAAAUCAGGAAGCACACAGAUUGUCAUCAUCGUUUCUGAUAUAAAUGAUAAUGCACCGGUUUUCGAUGAGAAUGUGUACCAAGUUGCGAUUCCUGAAAACGCACCGAGGGGUUCUUUAAUAGCAAAGGUUAAUGCUAUAGAUUUAGACGAGGGAGUAAAUGGUGAAGUAAUAUAUUCUUUCAGCGAGGACACUGGUGAUAAAAUACGUAAACUGUUCAGCAUUAAUGCUGAAAAAGGAGAGAUCAGAGUAAAUGAAAUAAUUGAUUUCGAGGAGAUGGAGAACUACGAGAUGACGGUGCAAGCAAAGGACAGAGGCAUUGCAGGAAUACCAUCGUACUGCAAGGUCCUAGUAAAAGUUACUGAUGUUAAUGAUAACGCCCCCAGAAUAAUGAUCAGUUCUGUGCAUGCCCCCAUUCCAGAGAACGCCCCUGAAGGGACGUUGGUAGCCAUUUUGAAAGUAACGGACAGAGACUCCAAAGAAAGACAGGCAGUUUCUUGCCGUGUUUCGAAGGAUGUUCCUUUUAAGCUUGACAGUUCUUCGAAUAACUAUUAUACAGUGGUUACUGACGGUGUCAUAGAUCGUGAAAAGGUGUCUGAGUACAACAUUACAAUUACAUGCACGGAUAAAGGCAACCCCCCACUUUCGACUUACAAGACUAUCCCAGUGCAAAUAUCGGAUGUAAAUGAUAAUGUACCACGUUUUACGCAGCCUUCUUUUACAAUGUAUGCGACGGAAAAUAAUGCUAUAGGCGCUUCAAUCGGAUUUCUAUCGGCAAACGAUCCAGACAGUAAUCAAAAUGGCCGACUGUCAUAUUCAAUACUGGAUAGAACAGUUCAUGGUGUUCCUGUAUCCACAUUCGUCUAUGUCGAUUCAGAUAGCGGAGUGAUGUUUGCGCAACAAAGAUUCGAUUACGAGCAGCUUCACGAUCUUCAGCUUUCUGCGCAAGUAAUGGAUAAUGGAACCCCUCCGCUUGCCAGCAACGUAAGUGUAAAUGUGAUUAUAGUCGAUCAAAAUGAUAACGCUCCCGUGAUCCUAUCGCCAUUGGCAAAUAGAGACUCAGCAGCAGAGGAGACCCUACCCAGAUCUGCGGAUCCGGGUUAUCUUGUGAUUAAAGUGACAGCCACAGACGCUGAUUCAGGACAGAACGCCCAGCUGUUUUAUCAGAUUAGCCAGCCCACGGAUGAAAGUUUGUUUACCGUGUCUUCCGAAUCAGGAGAAGUAUGGACUAUCCGCCACUUUGGCACAAAGGAUUCACUGAAACAGCAAAUCGUGAUCCUGGUCAGAGAUAACGGAAAGCCUUCACUUUCUUCAACAAUCAGUAUCAACUUGUCAGUGUUGGAAACUGAUCAGACAAGUGCAUCUAAUGUUGCUGCGCUGGGGAACUCCGAUUUCUGGACACAUGAUAUCAGAAUGUAUUUGAUAAUUUCUUUUGGGAUAAUCUCCUUUGUUUUUCUUGCGGCUAUAGUCAUGCUCGCUCUGAAAAUUCAGAAGGGCUCACAUGGAGAUCAUGGCGACUGUUGUUGCUCAGAGAUACUCUUCUGUGGUGUACAAAGAGAUUCACUGCGAGGUGUUCAAAAAGCCAGUGCGAAUAUUCCAAUUCCAGUUAAUUAUCCAGAUGUGUACGAAAGAGUGUCGGUCCCUCACACGGCUGUAUAUGGCAAGUGUCCGACUUCAAAUGCAUUCACGAAGGAUUUCACGCUGUUAAAGUUACAUGAUCCGCUGCAAUCCUCGAUUACUGUGAAACAUGGUUCUUUUCUAAUAGACAACACUACAAAAGAGCCCUAUUCUACUGUGAAAGAAAGCGUUCAAUCACACGAGGUGGUCAGGAAAAGCCAGAGAACUACAGAUCAAUGAGCCUGACGUCAGUGGUGAGUAAGUUCUUGGAGGGGAUUCUGAAGGACUGGAUUUACUUGUAUUUGAAAGGCAUGAAUUGAUUAUGGAUUGUCAACAUGUCUAUGUGCUUGGGAAAUCGUGUCAUCAUUAACAUGAUUCAAUUUUUUGAAGAAGCCACGAAGAAGAUUAAUGAAGUCAGACCAGUGGACAUUGUCUAUACGGGCUUCAGUAAGGCAUUUAACAAGGUUCCAUAAGACUUAGGUUAGACCACAUGGAAUACAGGGGGAAUUAGC